ACAUAUUGAGACCCCAUCUCUUUUAAAAAAAAAAAAAAUUAAAAGUCCCAGGAGGAUCUGUGAAUCUGGCUGGACCUUUCAGUGGAGACUUGGGAAUCUGAGCUUUCAUAAUCCUUCCCACAGUGGGGGCAAGGCGGAAUUAGGUAGGCCAGAAGUGAACCUUAUGCUUCUCCUUUUAUCUUGUUUGAAUUUUGAAUCCAAAGCAAGUAUUAUGAUGGUAAUUCAAGAGGCCAGUUCAUUGCAAAAAUAAAGCCCCCAAAUUCCCACAGCUCAUAGACUAUGGUCACAGCCUAGUGCCAGUGAGACUUUGCCCAGGACUUCCAGUGACCCAGGGCGGUCUGAGGACGGGCUCAGCUGUGCAGGUGACCACCAGGCACAACUGCGGGAGCCCAGACGAGCCUUGCUGAGGCCGGGAUGCCCUCAGGGCUGCCCUGCGAUUAGGCCCAUCCAGAUCUGGAAACUCUGCCCCAGACUCUUCUCAACAAGUCCACGAGAAAUCAAACUCUUUCCUUUGUGCGACGCUGGAUUUUCCACAAAGUAAAAUCAAGAUGAGUAAAGAUGUGGUUUCUAGAUAGUGCCCGAAAAAGCGGAGACCAGGGUGUCAGGCGUCACCACUUAGCCUAUAAAAGCUGCCACAAGAGGCCAAGGCCACAAGCCGCUUAGCUCGGGCCAGCCUACGCGUCUGCUCCUCAAGCCUCCCGUGUUGGCUCUGGGCCCAUGGCGCCGUGGUUGACCAUGGUCAUCGCUCUCACCUGCCUCGGCGGCCUCGCCUCCCCAGGCCCUGUGCCUCCCUCCACGAACCUCAGGGAGCUCAUCGAGGAGCUAGUCAACAUCACCCAGAACCAGAAGACGCCGCUGUGCAACGGCAGCAUGGUGUGGAGCCUCAACCUGACGACGGGCGUGUACUGCGAGGCCCUGGAGUCCCUGGCGAACGUGUCGGGCUGCAGUGCCCUCCAGAAGACCCAGCGGAUGCUGAGGGGACUCUGCACGCACAAGCCCUCGGCCAGGCAGGUCCCCGCCUCCAACACCCGAGACACCAAGAUCGAAGUGGCCCAGUUCAUCAAGGACCUGCUCAGACAUUUAAGGAAACUCUUUCGAAAGUCCAACUGAAACCUGAAAAGCGAGCGUCAUCGUCAUUAGCAGAGGCGGCCCUGGCGGCUUAACUUGUAGAUGGAGUUUGCUUUCAGACGUCAGGAAUGUCUCAGGGGGUGGGAGGGCAGGAGGGUGGGGGGAGAGAUUUCCUUAGCUUGGACCCCGGCCUGCGAGAGGUAGACGGGGUGGAGGACGGCCCCGGACGCACUGCAGCAUUACAGUGGGCGCCGCCCUCGAGCAGCCCGGGCACAUGUCUUUGUGGUUAUUUAUUAUUGUGUGUUAUUUAAACGCGUGUCUGUCAGCAUGGGGUGUGGGGAGACCGCUGCUGCCGGCACUGGGAGCCGCGCCGGGGUGCCGGGGCCCAGCACUAACGCAGCGCACCAGGAGCCCCUGUACUGAGUACUGUGCACAGUUCUGCUACCUCACUGGGCCCCGGCCCGCCCCGAGGACAGGAGGGGCCGCAGCAGCCCCUCCUGUCUGCCAGCCGGCAGCCACCUCCAGCCAAGGAGUAAUUUAUUGUUUCCCUUUGUAUUUAAAGUUAAGUAUUAAAUAUCUUAGCAGAGAGUUACUAAUAUAUAGCAGGGCGCCCUAGAACACUGAGAGUGGUGUGUGUGGUCCUUGAACAAACUGUUUCGUUGUGUCUGACUGAAGCCAGAAAUAAAGAUGGUGACAAAUGUUAAGCCUGACCGCGUCUGCCUUUUACUUGGGCCUUUGGGGACACUGGUCUGUGGUCUCCGAGUCGGGGAGCUCUAGGGGGCAUGCGGGUCACAGGAGGGGCUGGGAGGGGCAGGACCUGGGCUGAGAGAAAGCCCCUGGGGUGGGGGCUGCGAGCUGGAGGGACCCCCAUCUGCUGCCCAGUGAGGAGGGAAGCUGGGGCUGGGUGUCGGGGUUCAAGGGGGCAUCUGGGGUGGGUGGAGACCUAAGAAGUCAUCUCAUGGCCAGCUCCUGGGGGGCGGACGGCUGUGCCCGGCACCACCACACACGCAUGCCCGGUCUCCCUCACCAUGGCAGAUGAGGCCCCGGGCUCCGAGAACACAGGUGGCUUGCCCAGGGCCACGGCUGCUUAGGGGUGAGGCCAGGACUUGGACCCAAAACUCACUCCAAUUCCAAAGCCCAUGCACUUAACCACCCUGCCUCUUUCUGUCCAAAUGUCAUCUGGCCUGAACGCAUUAUUUCUAAGACUGUCAUUAACCAGUCUGGGUAGCCCCUGCCCCCACAGGGAGCUCAGCGCCUACUUUCUAGGGACAGCCCACUCCAUGUCUGGACACCCCUCAUCAUCCAGGAGCGGACAUCCGUCCUUCUGCGGACAAAGGUGCAUCUCUGACCUGUGGCCUCUAGACCGUGGAGAGUCUGGAGUGGAGAGUGUGGCCGAUGGCCCUGCUGGACCCUGCUGGGCCGCUCCUCAGAGCAGGUCCUGUUACUUCUCCCUGGCCCGGCCAGCAGGCCUCACGUACCCGGCAGCAGCGGUUCCACUGUGACUCUCUGGGAGGUGGCUCCAGAGGACAGGAUGCCUUUGCAGCGGGCGGUGGGUCAUUGGGGACCUUCCUCCCAGGAGAGCCCAGAGCGCUGUGGGAGUACCACGGUGACACUCAGAAGUCCGUGAAGCCAGCUGCCCACAUGAGCAAGAGCUCACAGCUGUGUGUCACCCAGACAGCAGCAGCGGCACUGCAGGGACGUGACUGGGGGCUGAUGACGGUGCCGGCUGCUCAGGAACUGGGGACUGCCCCUGCCCACUCAGCACCUCACCUCCAGCCAGAGUCUAGGGUUUUAAGGCCAGGAGGACAUUUAUGGAUGAGUGAUGGUUUUAAUGCAGAAUUUGGGGAUCCAUCCUCCAGUAGUGUCAUCUUCGACCUUUGACCUCCACCCAACAGAAGCCUCGGCCUGUCUAUCCAAAAGGAAGAGAGAAACAUUUCCAGUGAAAUUCUGCAGGGAUCCCGCCAGAACAAAGCCCAGAGUGGAGGCUGGCGUGGGUAGGGCCCCUCAGGACUGUCCCCGGGACGCAUUCCGGACAGCCGAGGGCAGGUGCAAGUGCAGGUGCAGCCACUAGGUGUCCACAGCUCCCCACAGCCUCGGCCUGCAGCGCCCGUCCCUGGCACCUCUGAGGCUGCCCCACCUGGGUACCCCGUGGUGGCUGCGUGGGAAGCAGGAGAGGACAGGGGCCCCCGCUGAGAGACGCUCUGCAGAGCCACAGAAGCCACGGGGAGGGGGCCCAGUCGGGAAAGCGAGAAAGGAAGAGAAGCAGCCGGCAAACAGGUGUGUCAGCCUCUGCUGCCGGAACAGCCUGGGGACUGACCCUCGGGGUAUUUGCAGGGAGUUUUCUCUGACCACAGGGCCCCCCCAACUUCCCACACGGGGAGCCCUAAGCAGGCUGGGGGAGGGGGCAGGGGCCUGAGAGGAGAUAAGCACAGCUGAGUGGGAGGGGACAGGCACGGCCCCACGGGGAGCCCCUGGGCACUGGGAACCCCGGGCCAGCAGGUUUCGCUGGAAGAGGGGCUGAACUCAGGCGAGAAGCGAGACACGCCAGUUUCCGGUGAGCUCAGCACCAAGUGCUCUGUGUGCUGCUGAGGAGUCAGAAAAUGCUGCAGGGGCUUCUCCAAGGCCCCACGAGGGGCAGGCCCAGGGGGAUGAGCCCACAGCUCAUUCCCUGCGGCCGGGCACAGCUCGGGGCGGGCAUUCACCCGUCAGCUCAUCACUUUCCAUUACGGUCAUGGGAGUGUCUUGCACCAUCUCCAUCUGGCUGGUCCGUUGUGACAGGGCAACCUGCUCCUCCUCCCGUUGCUGCCCCCACAAGGAGGCCUGGCCGGUCAGGGCGGGGGCGGGGGCGGGGUGCUCCAACAGGGCAGCCCUGGGGGACACACGGCCCAUUCCUCCCACUGCCGGCCCAUUCCUCCCACUGCCGGCCCAUUCCUCCCACUGCCGUCAGAGCAGGGGGCUGGAUCCAGCCACUCUCCCACCCACGGCCACUCGCAAAGCCCGCCAUUUCUCGGCUCCACCCAGAGCAGCAGGGCCCUGGUUUGCAGCGAACUUUCCCAGCUUGACUGAUUUCUCAGCAGCCAGAGCGAGGCCCCGAGAGCCAGGGCCCCAUGACAGACGAAGCCAUAUGACAUGCCAGAAGCAAUUGUCUACUUACGACCUCACUUUCUGUUGCUCUGUCCCUUCCCCUCCAGAUGCCUCCUCUGACGGAAAGUGGCUCUUGGCCUCGGUCAGAGACGCCCCCAGCCCAUGAGGUGAGGCAGGCCGUGGGGGCGCAGUGGGGCCAGAUGCCAGCACAGUGCGUGUGAUGUGUAUGUGCUGAUGCACAUGUAUGGUUUAUAUGUUACUUACAUGAAUGUCAUGCAAUACACAGAUUAUAAA